CGUGGCGCUAGCCCCCAGACUCGUUCUGCGCGUCUGCCAUUAGUGGAUCAGCUGCCGAAUAUAAGCUCGAGUGUUUUUGGCAGCUGAUUUGUGUAUUCUUAGAGCCGUUGCACGUCGCGAUAUAGGUUCGAUUAAUUCUCCAGCCCUUUGUCCUGGAGACGGGACCCCCCGUCGGAUCACCCAAGGGGUUAAAAUAACGCCGCGACAAGGCCCCCGUGUCUCGAUUAUCUGUCACUAGAACCCAGCACUGCUCGCUACGGUGACGUCAUGUGCUGAAAGAUCGUCGCUCGCCCGCUCGCUGGUUCUCCGAACAACGAAUAACACAGGUGCACGGCACCAGUUUCGCCUAGCUAACCCGUUGCUGCAGUUGACGAAUCGCGUUAGCUGCCUUUGUGUCGUUUUCACAACUAUUCCCACCGUUCUCUGGGCUCGCAAUACAACGAAAUCUAAAUUCGUCGGGGGUCAUCCCGCGUUUCGUGCUGGUGUUGGUGAACGGAUAAAUAUCUCAAACCGACGAGAGACACAGACACAGACGCAUCUUACAAUAAAAAAAAAAAGGACAAUUGAUCUACGCGCGUGAUUUGGACAAUUUAUACUCGAAAAAUCCAUUCGAUCGUAUCUCUGUUCGCUAUCCAUCAAUCACGACGGCCACGGUGGGCAGAAACGGGAAGAACGUGCAAUCAGUCUUCUGAGGAAAAAAUCACGCUAUAAACAAAGUAGCCCAGCAAAAUACAUAAUAAACCCCGAUAAUAAUGGAUUCUGAGGAAGAGACGCCCUAUGACGACGUUGAUUCGGGUAACGAGUCCAGCGGUGAUGACGUCGAUUUCGCUAUGGACAUUGAGUCCGGGAAUCCCCGCGAACGAGCCACAGAUAUUGACGAUUAUCCUUUCGAAGUUUUAUCGACCGAAGAGAUCGUUCAGCAUAUGGUGGACUCGAUUAAAGACGUAAACACCGUCGUCGAGAUACCUGCAACCACGACUAGGAUUUUACUUAAUCAUUUUAAAUGGGACAAAGAGAAAUUAAUGGAACGUUUUUAUGAUGGUGAUCAAGAAAAAUUAUUUGCAGAAGCACGCGUUAUAAAUCCUUUUAGAAAAGGACCCGUCAUUAACAGGACCAGAUCUUCACAAAUAUCUCUGUCUCGACGAACUUCUACAAACGGAACGGAAGAGUGUGGCAUAUGCUUUAUGACAUUACCAUCGUCGAUGAUGACUGGGUUGGAAUGUGGACAUAGAUUCUGCACAGGGUGCUGGGGAGAAUAUCUAACUACAAAAAUUAUGGAGGAAGGUGUUGGCCAGACAAUAGCCUGUGCCGCUCACGCCUGCGACAUACUAGUCGACGACGCCAGUGUUAUGAGACUUGUCAAAGACUCUAGAGUAAAAUUGAAGUAUCAGCAUCUCAUUACGAACAGUUUUGUCGAAUGUAACAGACUGCUGAGGUGGUGCCCGUCACCGGACUGCAAUAAUGCGAUAAAAGUGCAAUAUGUAGAACCAAGACCAGUGACGUGUAAAUGUGGGCACACGUUUUGUUUCCAUUGUGGAGAGAACUGGCACGACCCUGUUAAAUGUCACUUGUUAAGAAAAUGGAUUAAGAAGUGCGAUGACGAUUCUGAAACCUCCAACUGGAUUGCGGCAAACACAAAAGAGUGUCCGAAGUGCAACGUCACCAUCGAAAAGGAUGGAGGUUGUAAUCACAUGGUGUGCAAAAACCAAAAUUGUAAAGCGGACUUUUGCUGGGUCUGCCUUGGACCGUGGGAACCGCACGGUUCCAGCUGGUAUAACUGUAACAGAUACGACGAGGAGGAAGCCAAAGCAGCUAGAGAUGCUCAAGAGAAAUCUAGGUCGGCACUACAAAGAUAUUUAUUCUAUUGUAAUAGAUACAUGAAUCACAUGCAGUCGCUCAAGUUUGAGAGCAAAUUGUACGCCAGUGUCAAAGAGAAGAUGGAGGAGAUGCAACAGCAUAAUAUGUCUUGGAUAGAGGUACAAUUUUUGAAGAAAGCAGUAGAUAUAUUGUGUUCCUGUCGGCAAACUCUCAUGUACACAUACGUGUUUGCCUAUUACUUGAGGAAAAAUAAUCAGUCUGUGAUCUUUGAAGAUAACCAGAGAGACUUGGAAAGUGCGACCGAGUGUUUGUCUGAAUACCUAGAGCGGGAUAUAACGAGUGAGAAUCUGGCCGAUAUAAAGCAGAAAGUACAAGAUAAAUACAGAUAUUGCGACAGUCGGAGAAAGGUGCUUCUGGAACACGUCCAUGAAGGAUAUGAGAAGGAGUGGUGGGACUAUACAGAAUAAAUUGUAGGGGAGGGGGGUUUUGUCAAGUUUUAUCCAAUGGAGAUGAGAUCGUGAAUCCCAAUAUAUCUCGACGUUGCCCGCCACCCAUCAUUCCCCCAUCUCCCCCAUUGCCCUCAUCCUGCCCCAGCUGUGAUAUGUCAAGAAGCUGAUAAGAGACAGAAAAUUAAAGAACAGGUCCUCGAGUGAUAAAGAAAAAUCAUAUACAUAUAUAUUGAUAUACAUUUGAUGACGAUAUGGUCCGCGUUAACGCAUCUCCAUUAACAUAAUGUUGCUAUGAUUCGAUUUUAUCAUCUUGUUAAUUAAAAUUUAACACUACCAAGAGACGAAAUACAAAGUAAUUUGAUCCAUACUUUUAUCUUGUUAGAUGAAGUAUAUAUAAAAGUGUGUAUAUAUGUAUGUAUGUAUGUAUGUAUAUUAUAU